AUGGCUUUUGCAUCUCUCUUUUCUUCGGUACAAUUAUUUUUGAUCAUCUGCUGCGUGUUGGAAGAAUCGCUGGAGUUAUUCUCCAUACGAAGGUCUCAUGUGCUCUACCACUUUAUUUCUCUGGUCUUGGAACUCGCAGCUUCUGUCCUGAGGAUUCCCAUCCGCUGUCUCGUUUGCGUCCGUCUCUGCAAGCGCAUGCACAUGCAGGAGUUCGAGAGCUUAGCACAAGACAUCACUUUGUGGCUUGGGUUAUGGACGGAGGAAGAACAAUGCAGAGAGCGCACCCUGGCUUCCCUUGAGGACGAACUUAUCCGGGAGCGACGACGCAAUGUGUACAACGCUCGCCUGCAGAGCCACUUCGCGCAAGCGCAAGCUGAGAUUCGUCAGCUUCGAGCCGAAAAUCUUCGUCUUGACACCCACUUGCGGUCCUAUCAAGAGGAGCUUGCGACUUACGAUGCUGCUCUCCAGCAGAAAUGCCAGGAAUACGACGAGUAUGAACGACACGCAAACGAAGAGAAGACGCGCCAUCUAGAUCACCUAGCGAGAGCUCAGUCCCAGAACCUUGAACUGCAGUCCGAAUUGGAGGCAGCGAACGCCCGAAUUCGGGAACUCAACGCUAGGUUGCACGAUAAUGAGGACAGAUUCAACCGCUCCCGCGAACAGCUAGAAAAAGCUCUGGAGACAUCUAGGGAUCAAUACCGACUGGUUAUCCUCGCCGCACAGCGGCUCGACAAUAAGCGAACUUUGACCAUCCACAGGCUGAUCUACAUCGUCUUAUUGAUCCAUGGCUUUGCUCUACAUCUUGGCGAACGUCUUGCUCCUGCUCUUCGCUCGAAAGAUUCACUCUUGGCUCGUUGGAAGGUCCUCUCUGCUCAAAAAGUCGAAGCCCGCCGAGCUCUUAUUCGUUACCUGCAUUGCAACGUCGAUCUCCAGCAGGAAUUUCGACAGCUUUGCAGUCGUGCGGCGGACGUUGAGAAGGAAGCUCUUAAGUACCGCGCCCUCUAUAACGACUCGAUUAAGUCGCGCGACGUGGCAGCGAAGAAGUUCAAGAGGUUUUACCACACAAUCACUACCCGUUAUACCAACAACUCUACUAGACUCCUGACCGGGCUUUUGGUUCUCUGGCGCAUGAACCUCAUAUUAACUCAACGCUUGGCUCGCACAGAAGACGAUCAGCGCGCUCGGGCGCUCACUCCUCUCCAUCGUCAUCGCCUUGUGCAAUUUGUUGAGGCUGCCGUACAAUGCGUCGCAGACGAGCCGGAACUGGUCGACACUGGUGUCCAAUCCUGCCCUGAGAUUGGUGUUUCUGUUUCCUUCUCCGAUGCUGGUGUUCAAUCCUCCUCAGCCGCACGUAGCUCGGAGAGGCUGUCUGCUCGUGAUCCAGUCCAGGCCCCGGCUGUGACUGUCCCCUCGACACUGAAGGACACCUCGACCGGCUCCGGAGCAUUCAUGUUCUGCGUCCCAAGCGAGUCACUCAUCUUAUCGUCUUCUCCCAGCAAGCCUGCAUUGCGUCUCCCCGCUGACAACGCCAGCACCCCUCUUCGUACCCCUAGCGCCUCAGGCAAGUUUGACCGCUCUGACCUCACGGAGCGCGUCCAACACCUCCUCGAGAAGUUCGAGGCGCUAUCGGCCAUGCACCAGUCCUACCGGGAUCUGCUCCUUGAAAAGACUCGUUCCACACCGCGAGAGACGCGUAGCAAGGGGACCGAUGCUUUUCUUGGGCGCGCACCACUUCUUCUCGAGCAGCGGAGGUCGCUGGCUGCGUCUAUUCACGCUUGUUAA